AUGUCUACUGUCGAUUCCACUCGCCUUCGGCCAACGACGCCGCCGCGUCUUUCUCUUGAGGAAUACAUUGGCUCUGGACAUAGUCGUCAUGCCUCCAAUUCUUCCGUCUAUUCAAGCGAGUCAUCUCCUUGGUCGACUAUGACUGGGAAUACUAGUCCUACCACAUCACCAACCAGACAUCACCAUGGCCCCAAGCUAUUACCUAAGAUCCGACCUCAAGACAUCGUGAUCGAGCCAGUAUCUGCUGGUGGGCCUAUUCGUCAUCCUCGCGUUCUGUCCAAUACACGGAACCCACCUGGAUUUAUUCCUUACCCACCGGCACGACUAUCUGUUGGCCGUCGCACACGCGAUGCCGUGGACCGCUUGACAUUGGCCUCUCCCAUCUCGCCGGCGCCAAUGACCACACAGGGCAGCCUCUCUGCGCUGUCAUCGCCUGUAACAAUCACCCCUUCGUACAAAUGCAAGGGAGGCGGAGGCCACUCACGCUCAGUGUCUGCAUCUGUUCUCGAUCUCGCAAGUUUGGCUCAAUUUGGGUAUCCCGCAUAUGGAGAUCAACCAAAAUAUGUGCCUCAAAUGCAGGCCCAGACGACCCCGACCACCCCCGUCACUCCAAUCACUCCGAACAUCAUGCCCUACUCAUCAUACUCUCAAAGGAUAGCGGGCCAGCACGCUCCUGCGAGCACACAGACUCCAUUGACAGUGCCGACGCCUCAAUACAACUACCGCCAGGCACUAGCUGCCCAGAAUUCGCCAGUCUUACUCAGUCCUCAGGAAGACCUGCCCCCACGGUCUACAACUCUGCUGUCAUACCUAACCCUGCCACUCCAACCAAUUAGCCUAGUCCGCAACGUGAGCGUAGUUCCAACUCGCGGCCUGCACGAUUACUUCUGGUGGGACAUCCGCAAUCUGCGUUGCUGGAGCUCCUUCUCACUGGCGACAUUCGACUCCCUGGACAGCCGACUAAUCCAGCUCCUGAAGACCGAAAUCCCAGCAGAGCUCACGCCGCACGUGGCUGUACCCUCAGCAAGCCUAGCGCCAGAGUCUGAAAACGACUUGGUGAAUCUAAUCCGCGACCUCUACGCACCACGCGUAAACGCCGCCCUCGCCGUCUCCCAAGGCAAAGACCACCUCCAACUCUACGCCGCCCCAGACGUCCGAAACACAGGCCACAAAAACCACGGCCACCCGCACUUCCUCGCAAACUACCUCUCAGACACCGAGCAAACAAGCGCCGGUCUCCCGCGCGGCCGACUAGUCGAAUACCUUAACGGACUCGCUCAUCUCCAGCGCUGCAUGCGCGAGCACUCCUGCCGCUACGGCUUCAUCAUCACCGAAAUCGAGCUCGUCUGCGUGCGAGCAGGCUGCGACGCCGGCGACGACGUUCCCUAUUUCGGGUACUUGGAGAUCGCGGCAUCAAUCCCGCUCAAGACAGCAGCUGGUGCUGGGAGGAACGCGCAUGCACACGCGCGCGACGCACUACUCGCAACGCCCAUCAGCGAGCGAUCUUUCUCGUCGUCAUCAAGCUCGUCCAUUUCCCCGGGUCAUGACUCGUCAGAUCCUGAGCCGGCUGAGGAUACAUUGCCGGCUAUGACGGCGGGGCUUGGAUUGUAUUUCUUGUUGAUGCUUUCGAAGUCGGUGCCGCUUCCGCAUCAGCCUUCUGCCCACCUCAACGUAGGCGGACCUGGUGCGAUGACUCGUCAGAGAAUUCUGGCGGAGGCGAAGGAUAAGUGGAUUCCCGAGCCUCAAAUUGGAGAGAGGAGGGAUGCUAAGAGGGUGAGGGGGUGGGUUUGGCCCUUGGAUCCUUGGCAUCGGAGGGAAGGGGGUGCGUCUAGGGCAAAGGCUGGGGCGAAGAAGAGAUGGCAUAAAUAA